CGGCUGCCGUGGGAACCGUGCUGCCUCGACUCGGCUACCCUACGCUGGGCGGCCGUGCCGAGCAGCUCCGGUUGGCAGCCCCUGGUCGCUCAGCAGCUGAGGAGGCGUCAUCCUUCCCGCCCCCCCCACCCCCGCAGAGCCGUGGAGGCCGGAAGGCGGCAUCCACAGCUGUCAGCGCAGGAGUGUCCGUUGCUCAUCCGUCGAGCACAGGCCAUCAAAGCCCAGCCCCAGCCGGAGUUCUGUGCGCCUCAUUGCAGAGCUGGUAGGCCGGCGGUUUCCCGAGGGAAAUGUAAUGGUGGGGGUCGCUCUGGCUUGUAUUCAAGGUCCUCGAUCGGCGACCACCGGCGGACUGACAUCCACAAUAUCCCGGAGACGAGCUUUCUCACCGAGGCCACCGGUUGCAGAAGCUGGAAGUGAAAUAAAGGCGCGCGCUGGCUCCUGAACUCGCUCCCUACUGAGUCCUGAGGCAGACCGAGUCCCCCAGCACACCUGCAGAUUAGGCUUUUCCAACAAGUCUGAGCGUCUGUUCCUGUCACAUCCCCCCUCCGACUUCAGCCAUGGCUAGCAUCAUGGCGCGCGUGGGUAGUAGCCGGCGGCAGAACGCGCCCUUGCCGCCCUGGGCCCAUUCCAUGCUGAGGUCCUUGGGGAGGAGUCUUGGUCCCUUAAUGGCCAACAUGGCAGAGAGAAACAUGAAGUUGUUCUCUGGGAGGGUGGUGCCAGCGCAGGGGGAAGAAACCUUUGAAAACUGGCUGAUCCAAGUCAAUGGGGUCUUGCCAGAUUGGAAUAUGUCAGAGGAGGAAAAGCUGAAGCGCUUGAUGAAAACUCUGAGGGGUCCUGCUAGGGAGGUCAUGCGUUUGCUCCAGGCCGCCAACCCUAACCUAAGUGUGGCAGAUUUCUUGCGUGGGAUGAAAUUGGUGUUUGGGGAGUCUGAAAGCAGUGUGACCACUCAUGGUAGGUUUUUUAAUACUCUGCAGGCUCAAGGGGAGAAAGCCUCCCUUUAUGUGAUCCGUUUAGAGGUGCAGCUCCAGAAUGCUAUUCAGGCAGGGAUCAUAGCUGAAAAAGACGCCAACCAGACUCGCCUGCACCAGCUCCUUUUAGGGGCUGAGCUGAAUAGGGACCUUCGCUUCAGGCUGAAGCAUCUUCUCAGGCUGUAUGCAAAUGAGCAGGAGCGCCUUCCCAAUUUCCUGGAGUUAAUCAGAAUGAUAAGGGAGGAAGAGGAUUGGGAUGACACUUUCAUUAAACGGAAGCGGGCCAAAAGAUGUGAGUCAAUGGUGGAGAGGGCAGCCAGCCCAGUGGCAUUUGAGGGCUCCCCACCCAUAGUGAUCGACAGUGCUGACUGCAACGUGAUAGAGAUAGAUGACACCCUGGAUGACUCAGAUGAGGAUGUGAUCCUGGUGGAGCCCCAGGACCCUCCGCUCUCAUUCUCAGGCUCCCCUCCUCCCAGACGCAGGCCCAGACCUCAAGAUCAUGUGCUAGUCAUUGAUUCUCCCAGCAGUUCUCGGGCUCAGUCUCCAUCCACCAGUGGGUGUUCUGGGUAUAAGACCGAUGUUCCUGGGGAGAUCCGUAGAGCCAGGAAGCGAAAAUACACUAUCCGCUGUUCCUGUUGUGGCGAGGAGGGUCACUCGAAGGAAACCUGCGACAAUGAGAGCAACAAGACCCAGGUGUUUGAGAAUCUGAUCAUCACCCUGCAGGAUCUGACACAUCCAGAGGAGGAAGGGUCCAGAGAGGGCCCUGGUGAACCACACCGUGACCCCUGUGAGCCACAGUGAGGUGUUAGCCCUCAGCUUUAAAUGAACCCUAACCCAUAUUCAGAGUCCAGCAAUGGGACAACUAACUGGGUAGGGUGCUUCUAAUUGCAUGAAUGAAUCCACAAAGCGGCUUUUUUGGGGGGUGGAUGAGAAAGGGUCUUCGAUAACCAGCACAGUGGAGGGAGAUGGCCUGACCCCUGUCCUUGUUCCCUCUCCCUGCUGCCUGAGAGUCUGUUUUCUGUGUGUCUUCGAUGGCUUUAUUCUCUUUGUGAAAUUUCAAUUAUUCAUUGUUCAAUCUUCAAACAGUAAAGAACAAAAAAUGCUAAUUACCCCAAGAUCUCCACCCUUAUAUAACCUUUGUCAACCCACUGAUGAACACCCUUCUAGAUAUUUCCCCAAACUUAUGUACCCAGAUAGCUAUAUGUAUAGAUGGAAGUGAUCAAAUAUAAGUGCUGUUGUAUAGUCUGUAUUUUUUCACCAAACAAUAUAUGUUGUGGGCUUCUUUCUACGUCAAUAAAUAUAUAUCAG